CUCGCGAGCGCGCCGUAUCUGGGCGCUAGAAGUGGGUAGGAGCCAUGCUGGAAGAGCUGACCGUCUCUGCAUGGGCUUAUGCUGCGCGUAGUAGCAACAUGGAGGACACUACGAACGCCGCCACGGACACGAAGCUGGUCUUCACCGACUCGGACGCCGCCACGACGCCCAACGACGCGUCCAGCGCCGCUGCUGACGCGUCCCAGGCCGACCUUCAGGCGCAGCUCGCGCUCUUCCAGCAGCAACAGCAGCAGUACAUCCAGCAGCUCGUGCAACAAACCAACAGUGAGCAGCUCCGGGCCAUGUACAACUCGAGCGCCAUGAUGCAGCCAUACAUGCUGUCGCAGUCGAUGUUCCCCCGCCCGUCGACGCCCAACUCGGAGGCGACGGAGGAGGAGCCGGUCUACGUGAACGCCAAGCAGUACCACCGCAUUAUGAUCCGUCGCCAGCAGCGAGCAAAGCUGGAGGCCAAGCUAGGAAACCCUCGUCAGCGCAAGGCGUAUCUGCACGACUCGCGUCACAAACACGCUAUGCGGCGACCGCGUGGCCCCGGCGGCCGAUUUCUCACUAAGGAUGAGAUUCAGGGAUUGAAGGACGGCACGAUGGUGUUUGAAGACUUGCCGCGGAAAGCUGCACCGAAGCAGCAGUAGAUCGGUGUAGCACGGACGCGUCGACAAACACAACUCCAGAUAGCAACGCACUCAUCGUAUUUGUAU